AUGACCAAAUUAUUCUUGGAUGAGCUUUCUCAGGAUAGCAUGGUCAUCAUCACCAGUCUGCUAAAAGGCUGCCUUUUGGCUGCCGCUGCCCUCCCGUUACUCCUUGGGGCCAGCGCGUCGCCUAUUCUGGAUUCUUCUGGGGAAGAGCAAUUUAGCGAGGAUCCCUCUUCCAGGACUUCGCCAGCCAGAGACUUGCAGCUGGCCAAUUGCAAGUAUCUGGCCAUUAUGCUCCGGAGAAAGGCUUUCACUUGGAAGGAAGAGCUGUGCAAGGAGCAAACAAUAUGUAAAAACAACACAGAAAUAAUACUCCAGAAUAAUCUCCACUUUCCAAAGAUCUCUGUGGAAGAUGAAUGUCCUCCACGUAAAUUCAACAAGGAGAGGUGCCUAAGAGGAAUUUCAGAUGGCCUUUACGUAUAUCAGGCUUUCUUGGAAUAUAUAGAAGAAACCUUUGUUAGUAAAGAACAAGAAACUGCAUUUAUAUGGCCACGCACAAAGCACCUGGCUAAUACCUUGAAGUCCAUGAUGAACACUCCAGAUACUGUGAGCACGCCUAAUCCAGCCACUAAGGAAGCCCUUUCUACACAGCUACGAGCGCAUACUGGUUGGAAUAGGAAGGUUAUCCACUACCUCAUACUUCAAAAUUAUAUUUCAUUUAUGGAGAAAACUGUAAGGGCUAUUCGUGCUGUGAGAGGCUGGGAAUCUGAAUGCCUUACGUCAGGUGCAUAA